ACGCGCCCUCUGUUUUCUUCCCCCUUCCUCUUCUCCGUGUCAUUUUCCCUUGCAAUUAACUCCAAAAUAAAAUCCCACUUCUCUUCUCAGCUUUGCUUCUCUCUCACUCACUCACUAACUCACUUUGCUUUCUCUCUCACCGAAUCCAAAUUCCCACUCUCUGUUAUGAAGCUUCCUUUGCUUUGCUUUGAUUUGAUUUGAUUUCUUCUCUAUAAUUCAUUGAUUUCUCUCAAGAAAAUGGAGUUGGAUCAUCAACUCAGACCGGACAAUCCCGCUGCCAUGACUUUCGACGAGGCUUCCAUGGAGCGCAGCAAGAGCUUCGUUAAAGCUUUGCAGGAAUUGAAAAAUUUGAGGCCUCAGCUGUACUCGGCUGCUGAAUAUUGUGAGAAAACCUACCUUCACAGUGAGCAGAAGCAAAUGGUGGUGGACAACCUAAAGGACUAUGCUGUUCGAGCUCUUGUGAAUGCUGUUGAUCACCUUGGUACAGUGGCAUACAAGUUGACUGAGCUUCUUGAGCAGCAAACAUCAGAUGUAUCAACCAUGGAGCUUAAAGUUUCUUGUCUAAAUCAGCAACUUCUUACAUGUCAAACAUAUACGGAUAAAGAAGGCCUCAGGCAGCAGCAGUUACUGGCAUUGAUCCCAAGGCAUCAUAAGCACUAUAUUUUACCAAAUUCUGUCAGUAAGAAGGUACACUUUAGUCCACACAUACAGACUGAUGCUAGGCAGCAACCCUUUCAAGCAAGAGGUCGUCUUCAGCCCUCAGGCAUUGCUGCAUCUAAGACACUUUCAUGGCAUUUAGCCUCAGAGACAAAGUCAACACUGAAAGGUGGUUCAAAUUCUUUAAACAGCAACGAGGAUCAAAAAAUUGCAGAAAAAACUUCUGGAACUUUCCAUCUAAUAGAUAACGAUGCCGCUAUCCGUCCGAAAUAUUUAGCAGGUCACAGUCAGCCAUCAAAUGGAUUUCCUGCUUCCAGUGCAAUUUUGCAAUCCCUAGGUGGUACACACAGGGAAGCAUUCGAGGGUUCCAAACAUUUGACAGCAUUCAGGUCAUUUGAUGCCCCCAGUCGACAUGAAAGAGUACACGUCCCUACUCGCAGCAAAAGUGUGCUAUCUGCUUUCUUCGUAAAACAAAAAACACCAAAACUGAAGGCAGGCUCCGUCUCGUAAAUUCUUCAACAAAAAUAACCAGCAAUAACCUCAACUAUCGUGGCGCAAAUUCUACAUGUAUUGUAUCUUCCUCCACUCCUCCAUUUUAUUCUCUUUUAUGUGCAAUAAAUAAUGAAAAUCGGUACAUAAAAGUAAUAAGGGAUUUAGGGAAGAUGGUAGACAACAGUGUCUAUCCUCGAUUCUUGCUUGAUAUGAUAAUUGAUAGGUUAAUUUCUUUGGACGGUUCAUUUUCUGUAUUGUUACUUGUGCCUAAUUGAUUGCUUUCAUUCAUA